UGAUAUGAUGUAUAAUAGUAUGAGAUCACUUAGUACUAAUAGUAACCAUCAAGUAUAACAUACCUAUGAAACUAAUUAAACCAUUACAAUUAUAAUAGAUGAGCAACGGUUAAUAUUAAAUAAUUAACUCAUCCAUCAUCAUGUCCUGCACAUACCAAGACAGCCAAUAAAAUCAAAGUUGUUAGUAAAAUUACCGGAACAAUCCCACACAAAGCACAAAGGGACGACCAAAAAAAAUUUCAAACUAUAAAUACUGAUCAACAUCUUUCUUGUAAUUAUUUCUUGUAUUUACCCUAUUUACUUAAUUAAAUAAUAACUAAUUAAUUAUUCUUAAUUAACUUAUAACUUCAUACAAUGCCAGCUCCAUUUGAAAAAGGUUCCGAAAAGAAAGGUGCUACCUUAUUUAAAACUAGAUGUUUACAAUGUCACACUGUUGAAGAAGGUGGUCCUCAUAAAGUUGGUCCAAAUUUACAUGGUGUUUUCGGUAGAAAAUCAGGUAAUGCUGUUGGAUUCUCAUAUACUGAUGCCAAUAAAAAGAAAGGAGUUGUUUGGUCUGAACAAACCAUGUCUGAUUAUUUAGAAAAUCCAAAAAAAUAUAUCCCAGGUACUAAAAUGGCUUUUGGUGGUUUAAAGAAACCAAAGGAUAGAAAUGAUUUAGUUACUUACUUAGCUUCUGCUACUAAAUAAGUUUGAUCAAAAUCAAAUCAGCUCAUUGUGCAUGUAUUUGACUUGGACUAAAUGACUUUAUUCCUUCAUUAUAAUCAAACUAUUCCUAUCAUAAGGUUGGGGUUUAUUAGAUCUAAUUCAAUACAACAAAAAAGAAAUAGAAUUUUUAUGUUUCAACUUAUAACUUUCCCCCUUUUUUACUUCCCCUUUCAAACAACUCAAUUAGAACAAUUCGCCUUUGUUCAAUUGAGAUUAAUCUGUACAUAAUGUUUUACUUUUGCCUUUAUUAUUAACCAUUGUGUUUUUAUGAACCUAAAACUAUAUU